CGAGAACGUUCCCAAAUUGCUCAUUUUUGAUUGGAUUCCAAAUUGGAUCGAGUAGUGGGUACAGGUACACAAAAGUACAGUCCAACGUUAUACAUUUACGAACCGAUGUUUCAAGUGUAAUGUAGCGGCGGAGGUUUUACUGCAGCCAGCAUGUUUUCAGUGAAGAGUUUUAUUUGCAGCGCUUCACUGCUGCUGCUAGUACCGUCUUAUGGUGCAGCGUUCCAGUUUUUGUGCAACAGCAUGACGUGUACCAUAACAAAGUGGUCUCCCAGCGAGGAAGGUUCAUUUAUGCUUGCCCAUAUCCCGAACAAUACUGUACUGUUGAAGCUUGUCAAUCUUAAAACCAACACAUUCAACUUGGACACUAUCGACUUUGUAAAAACCAGUGGAAUCGGAGUCGAGAUAGAACGAUCUUCCGUCAAAAAGGUGGUAAUGCCGGCCGCCGGCCACAUAAUACGCCUGGUGCUAGUGCGAACGUAUCUCAGCGACAUCGUGUUCGACGAGGGCAAUGAGCGGUUAUCCUCUCUUAUCAUUUCCGACAGCCGGCUUAAAAGCAUCCCGAGCACCAUCACGCACCUGGCAGCGUUGGGAACCGUCGAAAUAUCGAAAUCGUCCAUCGAAACGGUCAAUAUGAAUCUGUUUGGCAAGCUGACGCAUCUACGCUACCUUAACCUGUGCGAUAAUAAGAUACUAUCUCUUCAUCUGUCCGGCGCAGCGGGUGCCGAUUUUGCGCAACUAAGUGACCUGUUUCUGAGCGGCAAUCAGCUCACCGCGAUCAACUUGAGCGGGUUUAACGGUAUGCCUUCACUGGAGACGCUAGAUCUGCAGAACAAUCGGAUCCGGCGUGUGCAGGGGACGCUGGAGUCAAAUACGUUGAAAACCCUCGACCUGUCUUGGAACCGUAUUGAUGUACUAUACUGUUGCGAAUGGAAUCUACCCAGUUUGGUCCGUUUAACACUGAGCCGUAACGAGCUGUCGAGACUACCGACCUGCCUAUCGUUGGCCAUGCCCAACGUUACCUAUCUCUUACUAGACUCGAACGCACUGACCGAUGGUGAUUCGUGGUACAGCAUUCUCACGCUGGAAGGUUUGCAGCAGCUAGACAUUAGCCACAACCGGCUGACGAGGGCGGUAUUCGAUACCCUCUCGCAAUCGUUGUAUAUUCUCAACCUGCAAAACAAUAACAUAAAAGUUCUGAGUGUUCCGGUAGCGGGCAAACGUUUGAAAAUUAAUGCAUCCUUCAAUUCGAUUGAUACGUUCGAUAUCAAGAGUCUGUCGUCGAACGUUACGUCCUUGGCAAUGUUUUGCAACCCAAUCGACUGCUCGUUCGAUCGAGAACGUAUGCCAAUUGGGCAGGAACCGAUGUGCAGCAAUGCAGAGAUAAGAAGUUGUGAUACGUCCUAAAAGGUAAAAUAAUUUGCCAGUGGCAAUUUGAAACUAAAAUAAAUCAAACAAAGCCAAUAAAUUGUGGGAAUUUGACCGUUUAUUAGAGCUGUUUUGGAGCGUCAUCUCAUCACUUCAAAGGCAUGACAGUAAACUCAUCCAUCCCAUUGAUGGAACUA